CUCCAGGCUGCCCGUCCUGGAAUGAAGAAAGCAAGAAACAUUUCCGGGGUCUUCAGUCCAAACUCUGGUCGUCGGUUGUUUUUAACAAACCACAGACGCUUGUUUUGGUUUACUUUGUUUGCUGCGAAGAAGAUCUAAAUAUUCUGUUGGUCAGGAUUCUGGAGAGGCGACAUGGCGACCACCAUCAGCACUCAGAGGGGACAGGUGUACAUCGGGGAGCUUCCCCAGGACUUUCUGCGAAUCACUCCGACCCAGCAGCAACAGCAGGUCCAGCUGGACGCCCAGGCAGCCCGGCAGCUGCAGUACGGAGGCUCCAUAGCAACCGUGGGCCGACUCAGCAUCACUGUGGUCCAGGCCAAACUGGCAAAGAACUACGGGAUGACCCGGAUGGAUCCGUACUGUCGGAUCCGACUGGGCUACGCUGUCUACGAGACACCGACGGCUCAUAACGGAGCCAAGAACCCACGCUGGAACAAGGUGAUCCAGUGCACGGUUCCUCCAGGGGUGGACUCCUUCUACCUGGAGAUCUUUGAUGAGAGAGCAUUUUCCAUGGAUGACAGGAUAGCGUGGACACACAUCACCAUUCCCGAGGGCCUGAGGGAGGGCAGCGUGGUGGACGAGUGGUUCAGCCUGAGUGGGAGGCAGGGAGACGACAAGGAAGGCAUGAUCAACCUGGUCAUGUCCUUCGCUUCUUUGCCAGCAGCGAUGAUGAGUCAGCCCGUCGUCCUGAUGCCGUCUGUUUACCAGGAAGGAGUAGGAUAUGUUCCCAUCACAGGAGUGCCUGGCGUGUACAACCAGGGCAUGGUGCCGAUGGCGGUGCCGCCAGCCAUGCCGGCCGUCGGGAGUCAGGGACCGGCGUGCAGCGAGGAGGACCUGAAGGCUCUGCAGGACAUGUUCCCCAACCUGGAUACGGAAGUGGUCCGCACUGUGCUGGAGGCGCAGCAGGGCAACAAAGACGCUGCCAUCAACUCUCUGCUGCAGAUGGCAGAGGAGCUCUAACUGGGACUGGACAUGCCAACACGCACACGCAUGAAAAUCAUUUUAAAAGUCUUAACCCUCAGAGACUGCCCCCCCUCCACACACACAUAUACACACACACACAGAGAGAAGUGUAGCCCAGUCCCACCUCGGAUGUGUUUCUUCUCCUUUUACUGACUCAGAUGACAUUCCUUCAUCCUGGCCUUUUCUCUGAGUUUGAGUCAGAACUGGUUGGAAAACAUAUCAAGGUCAGACGUGUUCUGGGAAAUGAUGCAGAUCUUAACAGGAUCAUUAACGGAUUGAAUUGGCAGCAGUCUGACUUUGAGUAAAAUUUCCCUCAGAUCUCAGUCAUCCCAUGGUUUGAUUUGCACUUUUUAAACAAGUCCAUCUUCCAUUUUUAUGUUGGUAUUUGUUAUUAGAGUAUUUUGUAUGUGUGUUCUUCUAUUUUCAGCACAUAGAACAUCUGAUCACUGAGGACGUAUGAAGUUAUAUAAAAUCUAUAGAGGAGUGAUGGAGAGGAAAUGUUUCUCCUAUUUAUCCUUCACAGUGCUAAAGAUAUUUAUUUUAAUGUUUUGAUGCAGCUCAUCGUCAGCCACAGAUCCAGGACGUGAAGUUGUGAUGUUGUAAAGUUUCAUCUUGUGGAGUCAGUGUGACGAUGAACAUGUCAAUAAAGCUUUGGAGGCCAACAGCA